AGAGGUACAGUAGGGUCCAGUUUAGUUGUGAAGAGGCUGAGGGAGAAAUUCAGGACUGGGAUUGAAGAAGCAGCAAUAGACAUGGGUUGGAGGCAGCAGAGGAAGGAGGCAGUGGGGGAGAAACAGAGGAGACACAAUUGGAGAGAGGAGUGAAGAACCUCAUAAGUGUUAGCUUAUUUCAUGCUUUAAUGACCUUUAAUUAACAGACUUCUCAACCAAUAUGCAUUCUGUAAUGUUUUCAGGAGGUGGGACUAAACCUGUGGUGUCCAUUAAUCCAGAAUGGGACCCAAUACUAGAAACGGACUCUGUAAUGCUGAGCUGUAAUGUGGCGCCUUCCACGCCAGAGAGACAGAGGUAUAUCUGGUACAGAGAUGGAGGCUGGAUACCUAAGGAACAGAAGACCUUUACCCUGGACCGUGCCCAAGAAAAGAACAGUGGGAAAUACCAGUGCCAGAUACCCGGGAGUGAGAGAAGUGACCCCGUUAGAAUAGAUAUUAAAGAGAGACAACACAAACACCUGGUACCGGUACUCAUUGGGAUACUGAUAGGGGCAAUAGUGAUAUCCGCUGCCAUCAUAUUUAAGUUCGGGCACAAGAUAACGUCACUCCUAAUGUCUCACCACCGUUCUGAACAAGAUCAGAAUGUGUGCAGAACUCCAGGUAGAACCGUACAGGGAUCAGAUACUGAAGACAAUUUGUAUUCAACAGAACUGAAUGAUGAUCUGCCAGGAGACAACGUUGGUGGCAGGAACCCCUCUCUAACCCCGGGUGAUUUCACCUACGUCAAUAUCAAGCACGCCUGGAGACCAACUCCAGCCUCAAGACCAAAACCAGACAAAUACUCAGUUGCCUAUGCUGUUGUGAAGGGAGGCCCCAGAGGAAUGGAAAUACUGGAACCUUCAGUCCAAGAAAGUCCAGACUCGCUCAUCUAUGAGAACUACCGUGGCCCGUAUUUUAGAGAAAACCCUUUAAGUGAUUAAAGUCUAAUAAAUUGGACAAUAUUUAUGAAUAAGCCCCAUAACCUUUGCAGCUAUGUGCCACUAAUAAUACAUGUAAGAAAUAUAGGGCUUCUAUUGUUGCUAUCGGCCUUGGACUUACCGACCAGAGUAUUAAAGGUUCCUUGCUUUGUAGUUAAUUGGAAA